AUGCCUGGUAUCUUGCCCAUGAAAGUGAUCAAGGUCGGCGGCACUGGUACGACGAGCCGCAUUGCUCAAGCCUGCGACCGAUGCCGCAGCAAGAAAAUCCGCUGCGAUGGCGUUCGACCCUGUUGCUCACAAUGCGCCAAUGUUGGCUUCGAGUGCCGCACCAGCGACAAACUGAGCCGCCGCGCUUUCCCUCGUGGAUAUACCGAAUCGCUAGAAGAACGAGUCAGGAGCUUGGAGACCGAAGUUAAAGAUUUGAAGGAUCUUUUGGACGAGAAGGACGAGAAGAUCGAUGUCUUGUCCCGAAUACAUUCGUUUUCGCCGCCAUCACAACGAGCCGCUUCUACGCGGUCCCCCUCGGCUUCUGCGAUGGUUAAAUCGAACAGUUCGGAUUCAUCGGAGGGUGUUAUUCGGGUGGAGAGACCUUCUACCCGGCAGUCCCGGCCGACCCAGAACCCAUUUACGGGAUUUUCUAGUACCCAGGGGUUCGCUGAUGUGUUUACCGAUAAGCUUGUGAGCCAGGGGAAAUCUAUAAACAAAAUUCCCAUGGGAGCACUUACCGCUUUACCAACCUCGGUAUCUCAGAGUGCAGCAAACCAGGUCGUGAAAACGCCACCCCGCUUGGUGUCGGAUCAGCUUAUCAACAUCUUCUUCCAAGAAUGGGCGCCACUGUACCCGGUGGUACAUCGUCCCACUAUCUUGAAGGCUUAUGAACAGUACCUCAACAAUACCGAGACCCUUCAGCGCAAUGCACAUGUCAUGGCGCAGUUAAACCUGAUCUUUGGAAUUGCAGCGCUUUCGUCAAUGUCAAGAACCAAUCAAGACCCAACUUUCUUUGAACAAAAUUGGUCGGCUACCCUCGAUGCAUUUUCCAGUGAAACAUCCAUUGCCAGUUUGCAAUGCUUUGUUCUUGGUCAAAUUUAUUGCAUGACAAAAGGCGAUUAUCGCACUUUGCUCCGCUACCGUGCUCUUGGAGUAGACAUUUGCCACCAGCUGGGCCUGCAUGAAACCCAGGAUAGCUCCUCCAAUCCGCUUGAGGAUGAGACUCGCAAGAAGGUCUUCUGGUCGCAGUAUGUAUUGGAUCGGUUCUGCUCUGCACUUACUGGAUUGCCUGUACUCCUGCGCGAGGAGGAUAUCCAGGCGGAGUAUCCGGUUGACGUGGACGAUGAAAAUGUCACCGAGACUGGAUUCCUGCCAACUCUCCCGGGCGAGUCCACUCGCAUUUCUAGCGCCAUCGCUCUUUUCGGAGCUGCGAGGAUCUUGAACAAGGCCUUGGAAGACCUGUACCCUUCCAAAUCUGCUUACGAUGUGUAUGUCUCGAAGAUGCGCUCAGUGGCUGGGCAGUUGGACGAGUGGCUUCACACUCUGCCUGCUCAUCUGCGCCUCGAAUUCAGCCAGGACAAGCCGAGCACGAAUGUCACGAGCAGCCGAUCCCCGCUUCUGUCGCUUAUUUACUAUUUCAUUCGAUCUUUGAUCCAUCGCCCAGCCGUCUGUUUCGCUGAUGAGAACCUCCGCUCCCCGUCUGUUCUGGCGCUGUCUGAUUCUGCAAAGCACAUGAUUCAGAUUCUUGACCUUCUCGAUGAGAGACGGCUUUGUCUUUCAGUCAGCAUUAACCGCAAAGAGCUGGUUCUCUUUUCUGGAAUUGGACUUCUUUGGCAAAUGCUUGGCGUGAAGCGCGAUAGCAAGAUGGCAAAGGAAUCCCAGAAGCUACUUGGUACUGCUAUUCAGUAUCUUAGACUGGAGUCGAGUGCGGCGGCUGCCGAGUUUGGCACCCUGUCUAACUCGUUGGUCUCUCUGGAUGGCGGAAGACGGCCAUCCACAGGCAAACAUCAACACCCCCAAGAAAUGGUUGCUCCGACGCAAAAACCCAGCAAAUCUCCCAAGAAGCAUCUGCAAGCUUUGAAGUCGCACCUCGUGUCCAGCUCUCGCGAACAACAGCUCCCACAGCAAACCGCAUCACCCCAAUCUCGCCGAAAUACUAUCUCCGGUGCCACCCCUCCUCUCGCAGCCCAGUCCCUCCGGUCCCCAAGUUGGACCAGCCUACCCUCCGAACCCGACCGUCUCUCUGCCCCACACUUCCUCGCCGACAAUACCCACUCUCCCCUAGACCUCUCCUCAGACCCCCGUCUAGUCGCAAUGAGCUACGAGCACCACCGCUCAAUGUCCUGCUCCACCCCUUCUGAUCCCGCCACCAGCGCUAUAACAAUGGCAGACUGGGAAUAUGUGCUCAGCGACAUGGACCGCGGCUACUCAAACAUCUUCACCGGAAUCUAUGGCGGCAAAGAGUGUGGCGAGGACCCCGGCCCCUUCGCCUCCAUCACAGCAGAAUAUAACCGCAAGACUAACGACGCGCCAUUGAACAUUCCUCAGCCUGAAUUGCACGACCUCUCGCCAGAAGCCUGGUCCGCCAGCAGUGCUGAUUUCGCUCAUACGCAAAAACAAACUACCCAAAGCGUACUUAGCUACUCCAGUGAAAGUAUGGGUAGUGGGGAUGAUCCUUUGGCGCCCUAUACUGAUGUCCACGGGUUGUCUGACGAGGUCAAUACGUUGGACCCGUUCAAUGCUUUCAACAUGCCCGAUGACAAGGUCGAGGAGUUUGAUGAAUUCUCUCUGGUUAAUGGUUGGGACCGACGGCUGGCCGUCUGA